AUGCAAAACCAGCUCGGUGCCACUUCGUCACACUUGCCGUCUUCGCCGACUUGUUCGGAACCUGAACAGUCUCUUGCUGUCCAGCCUCCCCCAUCCUCGUCCUCCUAUCCCGCAAACGGGAUCCAUCAUGGCCACUCCCUCUCGGCGCCAAUAGCCUUUCCCGCCACAACUGCCGUCAAGGUGAAGGAUUUGACCGACACUCCUCCGCUGUCCCAGAGCGUCAGCUCGACGGCUCCCAGCUCGCCACGCAUUCCACCGCUGCGGCAGAACUCAGGCACCCAGACACCCCGAGUGCGCCCCCACGCCACGACCCUCAACAUUCCUGGCAUGACCAGAUCGAGAGUCUCCCCCGACGGCAGAAUCCCCCAACGAGAUGUCGCCGCCAAGCUCGUCAUUGUCAUGGUCGGCCUUCCCGCUCGUGGAAAGUCGUACAUCACAAAGAAGCUCCAGCGCUACCUUUCAUGGCAGCAACACGACUCUAGAAUCUUCAACGUCGGAAAUCGUCGUCGGCAUGCCGCCGGCAUCAAGGUGGCCGCCCACGCGAACCUUGCCCCCGAGCCUCAGUGCCUCGACCCGCCGGUGGAGGCUGCCACCAUUCUGCUGAAUGGAACGCCGGCUUCGUCCAGACCGAUGGCCCCGGAAGAUGCCGAGCCCACGGCCCUGAACCUCAACGGAGGUGCAGACGGAGACGACCACCACGACGAGGUUGAUCAGACGGCCAAGUUUUUUGACCCGAAAAACGAAAAGGCUGCGGCCAUGAGGGAUCAGGUGGCCAUGGAGACCUUGGACGAGCUGCUUGGCUAUCUGCUCAACCAAGGUGGCGCUGUUGGUAUUCUUGAUGCCACAAACAGCACCAUCAAGCGGCGCCAGCAAAUCGUUGACCGCAUCCGAGCGCGAGAGCCCAAGCUCGGCAUACUCUUCAUUGAGUCCAUUUGCAGGGAUCCGCACCUUUUGGAGGCCAACAUGCGCCUCAAGCUGUCUGGGCCCGACUACCGCAACAAGGACCCCGUCAAGUCUCUGGAGGACUUCAAGGCUCGGGUGGCGGCAUACGCUAGUGCGUAUGAGCCCCUCGGCGAGUACGAGGAGGACAACGACUUGCAGUACAUCCAGAUGAUUGACGUCGGCCGAAAGUUGAUCCAACACAGACUGAAGGGGUUCCUCAGCGGGGGCAUCAGCACGUACCUGUCGAGCUUCAAUCUCUCGCCUCGGCAGAUUUGGAUCACUCGCCACGGCCAGAGCGUGGACAAUGAGCUGGGCAAGCUCGGCGGCGAUUCCGCCCUGACGGAACGCGGCCAUUGCUACGGCCUGGCCCUGUACAAGUUCAUGACGCAGAGGCGCAAGGAAUGGCUGACGGAGCAGCAGAGCAACCAGGCCAAAGCAAACUUCCCCCCGGUGCGCGGCGACAACACGCCUCCGUAUCCGGACAUGAACAAGGAGCUUGACGAGAAGAACUUUUGCGUCUGGACGUCUAUGCUCCAGCGCAGCGUGGAAACGGCCGAAUACUUUGACGCCGACGACGACUACGACGUCAAGAAUUGGGAGAUGCUCAACGAGCUCAACACGGGCCAGUUCGAGGGCAUGACGUACGAGGAAAUAGCGCGCAAGUAUCCGCACGAGUUCCACAAGCGGUCCAAAGACAAGCUCAACUACAUUUAUCCCGGCGUCGGCGGCGAGGGCUACUUGCAGGUCAUCAGCCGCUUGCGCGACAUGGUGCGGGAGAUUGAGCGCAUCACUGACCACGUCCUCAUCAUCGGACACCGAUCAGUAUGCCGAGUGCUCAUGGCCUACUUUAUGGACCUGACGCGAGAAGACAUUACGGACAUGGACGUGCCUCUGGGCAUGCUCUAUUCAAUCGAGCCCAAGCCGUACGGCAUUGCUUUCCACGCAUACAAGUACAAUGAGGCCCGGGCCUGGUUCGACGAGCUGCCCAACUACCGGCCGCAGAAGGCGGCCAGGGGGAGCGUUUGA